UGAAGCUCUAGCGAACACCAGCUGAGCCGCAGCCUGACGAUUUUUUUUGGGGGGGGGGUCAUUUUGCUCAGUGUUUUCCAAACUCAGCUCCGACUUCAAGGGAGUCUCUCUGUCGUGCAGAAAAGCCGCCCGGUCACGCUCCGAGUGUCCAUGUGGAUACGAGCACAAGUUGUAGCCUAUGCCUUGUUUUUAAUUUUAAAAAGCACAAAACGGAGUAGCGUCAAUCGUUUGCUGAAGGUUUUUUUUUCUUCUUCUUCUUCGGGGCAGUCUGCAGAGAGAAGAAUGCUGCCCCAGAUCCUCACCCUGGCCUGUGGUCUCUGCUGCUUUGGUUUUACCUCCGUCACUGCAAAUGUACUCAAAGCUGAGGGUUGGCUGCAGCAGUAUGGCUACCUGCCUCCAGGUGAUGUCCGAGCCCAGGCCAUCCGCUCGCCGAAGUCCAUUGAAACGGCGAUAUCAGCCAUGCAGAGGUUUUACGGUUUGACCGUCACCGGCUCCAUCGACUCCAACACGUUAGAGGCGAUGAGCCGCCCCCGGUGUGGCGUCCCAGACAAGUUCGGCCCGCAGCUGAAAACCAACCUGAGGAGGAAGAGAUACGCGGUGCAGGGUCUGAAGUGGGACAAGUCAGAGGUGACCUUCAGCAUACAGAACUACACCCCUAAGAUCGGGGAGCAAGGCACAUACGAAGCCAUCAGAAAAGCCUUCAAGGUCUGGGAGGACGUGAUCCCGCUGACCUUCAGGGAGAUCCCCUACAGCCAGAUCAGGGACAAGGUCGACAAGUUCGCGGACAUCAUGCUCUCGUUCUCGGAGGGUUUCCACGGCGACAGCACGCCGUUCGACGGCGAGGGCGGCUUCCUGGCUCACGCGUACUUCCCCGGCCACGGCAUCGGCGGAGACACGCACUUUGACCUCGCCGAGCCCUGGACCGCCGGGACCACGGACCGGGGGGGCAACGACGUGUUCCUGGUGGCGGUCCAUGAGCUGGGUCACGCUCUGGGUCUGGAGCACUCCAACGACCCCUCGGCCAUCAUGGCCCCCUUCUACCAGUGGUUUGAGACGGGAAACUUCCAGAUCCCGUACGACGACCGCAGAGGCAUCCAGACGAUCUACGGAACCAAGUCUGGGGCUCCCCCUCCUCCCCCACCUCCCCCCCGACCCACCAAGUCGUCCACCCCGGACAACGGCCCGGACAUCUGCGAGGGACACUUUGACACCAUCGCCAUCCUCAGAGGGGAGAAGUUUGUGUUCAAGGACAAGUGGUUUUGGCGUGUGCGUAACAACAAGGUGUUGCCGGGUUACCCGAUGACCAUCGGUCACUUCUGGAAGGGCCUGCCCUCCAACAUCAACGCCGCCUACGAGAGGGACGACGGGAAAUUCGUCUUCUUCAAAGCUGACAAGUACUGGGUUUUCAACGAGGCCAACAUGGAGAAGGAUUCUCCCAAGAGCCUGAAAGAUCUGGGCACCGGUUUACCCAAAGACAAGAUCGACGCCGCUCUCUUCUACACGCCGACGGGACAGACGUACUUCUUCAGAGGCAACAAGUAUUACCGCUUCAACGAGCAGACUCUCACCGUGGACAGCGGUUAUCCGAAGCCCAUCAGCAUGUGGAGCGGUGCGCCGGAAAACAUUAAAGCUGUCAUCAUGAGUGAAGACGGAUCUUACACUUAUUUCUACAAAGCCAACAAGUACUGGAAGUUCAACAACCAGUACAUGAAGGUGGAGUCCGGCUACCCCAAGUCUGUGCUCAGCGACUGGAUGAGCUGCGAAGGCGAGGAGCCCAAGAAGGGUCGGGAAGAGGAGGUGAUCAUCAUCGAGGUGGAGGAGUCGCAGGGCGGGGCCGGGCCGGUUGCCGUGGUGAUCCCUCUCCUCCUGCUGGUGCUGGUCGUGGUCACGCUGGGAGCGCUUUUGUUCUUCCGGAAGUACGGCACGCCUCGGCGCCUCCUCUACUGCCAGAGAUCCCUCCUGGACAAGGUGUAGACGGAGGGGAGUGACAGACUGCCGCAGAGGGACAGAGAGAGAACGAGGGAAGAGAGCGAGAGAGAGAACGAGGGCCGGGUGAAGGUGGAAACUGAGAGGAGGAAGAAAUGGAAGAGGAAGAAAUAAUGGAGGAUGGGAGGGGGGACAAUGUGUUAAGAGGUUGGUGGUGGUGGAAGAGAAGGAAAAAAAGGCCCUAGAAACUGAAAUCAGGAAAAUGUGUUAGUAUGUUAGUAUUUACUGCUCUGUGUUCAGAGAUGAACAAAGACUCGUCAACGACUUCCCUCCCUCCCUCCCGCCUCUCCUCUCUCACAUCCCUCCUUCCUUCCUCUCCUUUAACUUUAACUGGACGACUCCGGCUGAACUGCUGUCUGAUUCCUGUCUAAGAAUGAGAUCUGUGUUUCACUUUUGGGUUUUACCCGCGAAAUUCAUCACCUCUGUCCGGAGUUUUUGCUCUGAGAUACUUUUGCUGUCAAACAAUCCACUGUUUUGGAAAAAGUUUUGAUAUUCGGCAAUGCAGUAUUUCAUCAACUGUUUUUUAAUUUUUUAUUUUACCACUAAUUAGGGCUGGGUAUCUGACAUCAUGCUGACCUAGUUCUUCCUGAAGAGUGUUAAAUGCAUUACAACUAUCACGUUGGCAUGACAUUCAUGGUCAGAUAUACGUAAACUUGUCUACUUAUUUUACUUUCAUUGAAUAGUUUCUGAUUUUAUACAAGAAUUCUGCCAAUUUUAUUGAGCAUUUCUUAUUAAUGUCCUUAUUUCUCAAAUAUUGUUUUGAUAUCGGUAAUCGGUAUCCACACCAGCAUAGAACAUAUGAAAGUGAUACCUAGCCCUACUCAGAAGAUCCUCUCCCAUCAGCUCCUUUUGACUUUUGAACAUGCAGGGAUAGGAUUUGUUUAUCCAGGAUUUGUUGAUCCAGGAUCGCGUCCACAAGUCAGACUCGUCACGUGGCGGCUGGAGGCGAUUUGUCUUUGUGUGUUUUUAACUCGCAACUUGAUUCACGAGCAUCACUCUUCUUUCCGUGUAAGCAGUCAGACGGGAAAAAAUAUUUUUCUUUAAAAAAAAAAACGUGACGAUUUAAAACAUUCCAGUACAUUUGUUGUUGACCAAUAGGAGCAGAGCUGCUGGUUAAAAAAAAAAAAAAAGUGUCAGAAAGCGGUACAGUUUCCAACAGUAUAGUGCAAUUCUUUUUAAUUAUUAUCGUCGUUAUGGGAAAGUGUUGUUAUUAUAAGUAUGGUUAUUGUUAUUAUUGUUCUCCUGGUAAAGUUUUAGGGACUUUUUUGUUUUGUUUUGUUGCUUUUGUACAUUGUCAUUCGGAGUCCUGCUGGACAGAGGCGUAACGUGACAAUGGCGGAGAUGAAUCCCAGUUUACACUCGGCAUGAGAUGAAUUAGAUCAGGGGGCUACAUGUGAGUUCAGGGAGUUUCUUUUUACUCUGAAACACCUGGAGUCACGGCGACGUCGGCACAGAAUAACAAGCGAUGCUAUUUAUGAACUUUGAUGGUUUGAUGGUGCUCAAUGAUUUUUUUUUUUUUUUUUAAUUGAAGGUGAAUUAUUUUAGUUAAUAACAAUGAUAAUGGUAAUGAUAUUUAUAAUGAUGAUCAUAUCAAUAAAAUGGAAUGAGAUUUUU